AUGUCUUCUGCUGGUGAUGAGCCGUUGGCUAGCGCCAGGCCUGAUGAAUCACAAACAGACUCGGUGGAGCAAAACACCAAAAGAGCAAUAGAUAGCAUAGCACCUUAUUUAGAAAAGUUUUCCCCGGUGACUUCCUCGUCAGAAUCAAAAUCAUUACAACCAAAAGAUAUACAUCCUCCAUUUUUUAGCAGUGAUAGCAACCUCAAUAUUCAAACUAUACAUGAAGAUAAGGAUGAGGACAAUGCUGACCAUGAUACGUCUAAGACUGACACUGCCAAGUCUUCGGGAGAGGCUGUUAAUAACACUGCCAAGGAGAAAUUAGCCCCAAAAUUAAAAUAUUGUGGCGUUAAGACUUCUAAGGACCAAGUACCAUCAAAUCCUAAAGACGCCCCAAAAAUCUACGGGAAAAUUGGAAUUUGUGCGAUGGAUGCCAAGGUUCUUAGUAAACCGUGCAGAGAAAUUCUUAAUAGACUCAUUAAAUUCGGAGAAUUUGAAACCGUUAUUUUUGGAGAAAAGUCUAUUCUUGAUGAAUCCAUAGAAUCUUGGCCAGUUUGUGAUUUUUUGAUCUGUUUUUUCUCCAAUGGCUUCCCUCUCGAUAAGGCAAUUGAUUAUGCCAAUCUUCGCAAGCCAUUCUUGAUUAAUGAUUUAAUAAUGCAAAAAGUUUUAUGGGACCGUCGUUUGUGUCUAAGAUUGCUCGAGGCUGCUAACGUUCCAACACCUUAUAGGCUAGAAAUUUCUAGAGAUGGUGGCCCAGUUAAUUUCAUUGGUGAUGAUUUGAAGCAAAAACUUAUAGGCAAAGGAGUCAACGUUGAUCCAAUUCCUGAACCCGAAUGGAAAAUGAUUGAUGAUGAUACAUUGUGGGUCGAUGGUAGAAUUCUUACUAAGCCGUUUGUUGAGAAACCCGUUGAUGGGGAGGAUCAUAAUGUUUACAUUUACUAUCCUGUUUCAACGGGAGGUGGUGGUCGUCGGUUAUUCAGGAAAGUCGGUAACAAAUCAUCCGAAUAUGACGCUUCUCUCAACAUGAUUAGAACCAAUGGGUCAUUUAUUUAUGAGAAGUUUAUGGACACUGACAACUUGGAAGAUGUUAAAGCUUAUACUGUGGGCCAAGAAUUUUGUCAUGCUGAGACCCGAAAAUCACCAGUAGUUGAUGGUAUUGUUAGAAGAAAUACUCGUGGGAAAGAAUUACGGUACGUAACAACUUUACUGGAUGAAGAAAAAGAAAUGGCCAAAAGAGUAUCAAAGUACUUCGAUCAAACUAUUUGUGGAUUUGAUAUUUUGAGAGCUCAAAAUCAAAGCUUUGUAAUUGAUGUUAAUGGCUUUUCAUUUGUUAAAGACAAUACUGAGUAUUAUGAAGCCUGUUCCCAAAUAUUGAGAAAUAUUUUCAAGAAGGUUAGUCCAAAUUAUCAAAUUACCAAGGCCUUAGAGGAAGAGCAAUGUAUUUCUGAAAAGUCGCCUGGAAAUGCCGCUAUUGCCAACAAUGUUGUUCAAGAUUCUCCAAAAGCUAGUAAAAAUCCAAACAAGAAAUCUGAUGAAUCAAAAAACUCCCACCACCAUACAAGUUCCAAAUGGGUUUUCAAAGGGCUUGUGACUGUUAUUAGACAUGCUGACCGAACCCCAAAACAAAAAUUCAAGUAUUCUUUCAGAUCUCCGAUUUUCAUUUCACUACUUAAAGGUCACAAAGAAGAAGUUAUUAUUCGUCAAGUCAGCGAUUUAGAAAUUGUGCUUCAAGCAAUUAGGUUAGCAGAAGAACAAAAAUCUGAAGAUCCUGACAAACUUCAUUUAUUAAGUACUACUUUGGAAAAAAAGAAAGGCUUUCCUGGAACUAAAAUUCAAUUGAAACCAGUGCUUAACGAAGAUAAUGAGGUUGAAAAGGUUCAAUUCAUCUUGAAAUGGGGUGGAGAGCCUACACAUUCAGCUAAGUAUCAGGCGACAGACCUUGGUGAAACCACGAGACAAGAUAUACAAUUAUUGAAUAAAGAAGCAUUCAAGAAUGUUAAAGUUUAUACUUCCAGUGAGAGAAGAGUUAUCGUGUCAGCUAAGCUUUGGUCACAGUCAUUUUUAGAGGAAGAAAAUCUUCCAGAAGAUUUCCUUAAGAUUCGAAAGGAUCUUCUUGACGAUUCUAAUGCUGCUAAAGAUUUGAUGGAUAAAGUUAAAAAGAAGAUUAAACCUUUGUUGCGUCAAGGCAUUAAACCACCAAAACAAUUUGCCUGGCCACCAAAAUACCCUGACCCAUACUAUGUAACCAAGAGAGUGGUUGAGUUGAUGAAUUAUCAUCAUAAAGUCAUGGAAUAUAAUUUCAAACAUUAUGGUGAUUUAGAUGCAUUACAGGAGCGCUGGUGUUGCAAUGAGGAUCCAUACUUGCUCAAGGAAAGAUGGGAUAAAUUGUUCAAAGAAUUUACUACUUUUGAAAAAGUUGAUCCAAGUAAGAUCAGUGAAUUGUAUGAUACCAUGAAAUUUGAUGCUUUGCACAACCGUGAUUUUUUGCAAAAUAUUUUCUGUCCCCCAGAUUUGGAUGAAUGUAUCAAUCACGAGGAUGAUGAUGAAUUGAAAGAAUUUAGCGAGGCUUUUUUCAAGUCUCCAGUUUUGUGUGAUGCUUAUCCUAUUAAUGUGUUGGCAAUGAAUAAUUUCCAACUUCCAAGUGAUCAGAGCAAUAAUAAUUCUAGUACUACUUCAAGAAGUAAUAGUUCGGUGAAACUUAGCACUGGGAAAUAUUUGAAUGUUAAACCAAUCCCAAAAAGUAAUACUCCAGCUGGAAGUGCCAUUUCAUCGACGCUUAGCCUGUCAGUAAACAGUGUGAACACAAAAUCAGCAACUGAAAUGGAUUCUGCCAGCAGCUCAUUAAGCUCUACUACAUCAGGUAAUAUUCCCUCUAGCUCUGCUGGCUCAUUGGGAUGGGUUCUCAAAUCAGAUUUUCAUAGCAAACAGUCACCAAUUUCGUCAUCAACGUUUGAUGAUCCAAAGUUCAAUCGUCUUAGAGAGCUUUAUAAACUUGCCAAAGUUUUAUUUGACUUUGUUUGCCCUCAAGAAUAUGGGAUUGAAAAUAAUGAGAAAUUGGAUAUUGGUCUCUUAACUUCUCUACCAUUGGCGAAACAAGUUCUUGCUGACAUUACUACAAUGGUCGAGACUUCAAAUCCGGCUACUGUUGCUUAUUUCACUAAGGAAUCACAUAUUUACACAUUGCUCAAUAUCAUUUAUGAAAGUAAACUUCCAAUGAGAAUUGAGCGGAAUGCCUUGCCAGAAUUGGAUUAUUUAUCGCAGAUUGUUUUUGAAUUAUAUGAACGUUCAGAUGAAAAUGGGGCCAAAAAGCAUUCUAUUAGACUUUCAUUGUCUCCAGGCUGUCAUACACAAGAUCCGUUGGAUAUACAGUUGGAUAACAAGCAUUAUAUUAGUAACAUUCCAAGGAUUUCAUUGACCAGGCAUUUGGAUACCGAUUUAUUGAUCCAAAAAUUGAAGAGCAGAUUUUCAAGGGUUUCAAUGCCAAAGAAGUUCAUCCCGGUCAAUAUUUCCAGCCCAUUGGUCAUUGACGAUAGCAAAGGCAAACAAGAAUUUUUGAAAAAAUAA